AUGAGGAGAGUUACAGCUAUGGUGAUGCUCAUGUUGGCCUCUUCGUGGCUCUAUGAAGACUCCUGGCCCCGGGUCUUUGCACGAUUUCUGCUGUUGCUCCUAGGCUUCAUCUUCUGGGGCGCUGCUGUAGCUCUGGCCUUUGGUGGAGUUCUUGUGAUCCUGAUGUACAAGAACUAUGGAUAUUUAUUUCUGGAGUAUUUCUUGUCUCUCCCUGGCUGGCUGGCUGUUGCAGCUGCACUUAUCUUGCUACCUACUGGAGUUUUGGCCGUCUUUGUUUCUGCUAAAUGCUCCCGCUAUCAGCAAGGGGCUCUCAUGUACUUGCUGCUGGUCCUUCUUUGCCUAGAAGCGUCUUCAGCAGUUCUGGCACAGUUCUAUACUGUUCAGUUGGCUUAUGAGAUGAAAAGUACUAUGGGUUACCUUGUUGAUCAGUACAAUGGAACACACUCCCAGGGUGCUGACAGCAGGGCUGUGGAUGUCGUACAGAGGGAGCUGCAGUGUUGUGGGAUCCAAAACUACAAGGACUGGCUAAAGGCAACAGCUGCUUCUUGGCAUCUCCACGGUGGAAAAGCUCGUGUCCCUGAAAGCUGCUGUAAGGAGAAGUACCCUCACUGCAGGGGUGACGUAGUCCCUCUGGAGCAGCUUUUUCAGGAAGGAUGUCUAAAGAAGCUGGAGGACUCGUUGCACUUUGUCGUGCUCUAUAUGUUUUGGUGCUGUACUGUGGUAGGCAUUUUAGAGCUGUUGGCUGGUGUCAGCAAUUGCAUCCUCAUGAAGUAUCAGCCUUUCCAUGACUUACGAUUUCUGGACUCAUCUACCUACUCGUAGGCCUGCAGACACUGGCAGCAUUGCGGAACCUGCCACAUGUUUCCUUGGUUUUGU